AUGCCCGAUGAGCAGAGGGCUGUCCACGUCGCAGCCGCCCCCGAAGCCGUCAGUCACCCGGAAGUAUUGGCCCUCAUCCUCGAGCGCCUGCCGGACGGCGCGCAGCUCGUGACCGCCGGCGCGCUGAGCCGCGGAUGGCGGCAGUGGGCGGCUGCGCGCGCCGCCGGCGCGGCGCUGCGGCGGCGGGGCGGCGAGCCCUUCAAGGCGAUCUUUGGCGAGCGGCUCGAGCGCCUGGCCGCGUUUGGCCUCCCGCUGUGGUUCGCCCGCCGCUGCUGGCCGCGCCUGACCGCGCCGCAGCGCCUCGCGGCCGCCAGCCGCGCCGCGUACCACGGCGACUGCGAGCAGCUGCGCUGGGCGCUCGCGGCGGGCUGCCCGCGUGACGCGUACCUGUGCGCGGCCGCGGCGGGCGGCGGCUGCCUCGAGGCGCUUCGGUUUCUGAGGGCCGAGGGGUGCCCCUGGGACGAGGAGACCGGCUGGGCGGCAGCGCACGGGGGGCAUCUGGAAGUGCUGCGGUGGCUGCACGGCGCCGGCUGCCCCUGGGGCGCGGCCACGUGCCACAUGGCGGCGCGGCGGGGCCACUUGGACGUGCUGCGGUGGCUGCACGGCGCCGGCCGCGCGCGGCUCAACGCCCCCAUCUUCCAGGCCGCGGCGUGGGGCGGGCACCUGGAAGUAUUGAAGUGGGCGCGCGGCGCCGGGUUCGCGUGGGACAGAUGGGCCUGCUUCCUGGCGGCGGAGGCGGGGCAUCUAGAGAUCCUGCGCUGGGCGCGGGGCGCGGGCUGCCCCUGGGACCGCGCGCAGUGCCUGGCGGCGGCGCAGAGGCACCCGCAGGUCGUCGAGUGGAUCAGCGGCCAGCCAGAGUAG